GCCUCGCAUUCUACACGUAUUUCUUAAAGAAGUGAUUAACAGGCAGCGGAGCAUUGGUUUGAUAAGCACAACCGAAAAGUGCCAAUAGAAUCCUACGUUAAGUACAACUUUAGGGACACGUAAGCUAAGACCGGCAUAUUCCAUCUAAAGAAGAAGAGAAGCAAUGAGACAGCUGUCGAGCCUUUUGUUGUUGGCAUUCAUUGCCAGCGGCAGUGUCAAUGCCUUCUAUUCGCCCUCCGAUGGCGUCGUGGAGUUGACGCCCUCCAAUUUCGAUCGCGAAGUCGUGCAAGAUGAUGCCGUCUGGAUUGUGGAAUUCUAUGCCCCGUGGUGCGGCCACUGCCAGUCUUUGGUGCCGGAGUAUAAGAAGUUGGCCAAAGCCCUGAAGGGCGUCGUCAAGGUGGGCUCCGUCAAUGCCGAUUCCGACAGCACCCUCAGCGGCCAGUUCGGAGUACGUGGCUUUCCCACCAUCAAGAUCUUUGGCAGCAACAAGCGUUCGCCCACGGACUUUAAUGGCCAGCGCACAGCUAAGGCAAUUGCGGAGGCGGCUCUUGCCGAGGUAAAGAAGAAGGUGCAAGCAGCUCUGGGCGGCGGAAGCAGCGGCGGCGGUGGCGGAAGCAGCUCAUCCAGCGAUGAUGAUGUCAUUGAAUUAACCGAAGAUAACUUCGACAAGCUGGUGCUCAACUCAGAUGACAUUUGGCUGGUGGAGUUCUUCGCGCCGUGGUGCGGACAUUGCAAAAAUCUGGCACCCGAAUGGGCCAAGGCUGCCAAGGAGCUCAAGGGCAAGGUGAAGCUGGGCGCCUUGGACGCCACCGCCCACCAGAGCAAGGCGGCCGAGUACAAUGUUCGCGGUUAUCCGACAAUCAAGUUCUUCGCUGCCGGCUCGAAGAGUGCCAGCGAUGCUCAGGAAUAUCAGGGUGGACGCACAGCCUCGGACAUUGUCAGCUGGGCCAGUGACAAGCAUACGGAGAAUGUGCCCGCUCCCGAGCUGGUAGAAAUCACCAGCGAAUCCACCCUAGAUAGCACCUGCGAGGGCAAGCCCCUGUGCAUUAUCUCUAUUCUGCCACACAUUCUAGACUGCGAUGCCAAGUGCCGCAACAAGUUCCUCGCCACACUGCGCACCCUGGGCGAUAAGUACAAGCAGAAGCUGUGGGGCUGGGCCUGGGCUGAGGGUGGCCAGCAGCCGGCUCUGGAGGAGUCCCUGGAAGUUGGAGGCUUUGGCUAUCCCGCUCUGGCAGUAGUUAAUUUUAAGAAAAUGAAGUUCUCAGUGCUGAAGGGCUCCUUCUCCAAGGACGGCAUCAACGAGUUCCUACGCGACAUCUCAUACGGACGCGGUCACACGGCUCCCGUGCGUGGCGCCAAGAAGCCCACGAUUGCCAGCGUCGAUCCCUGGGAUGGCAAGGAUGGCCAGCUACCCACCGAAGAGGACAUCGAUCUGAGCGACAUUGAUCUGGAUGAUGAUGUCAAGGAUGAGCUCUAGAGCGGUCUUCUCUCCCAUCACUCUACCAUCAAGACUGCAGCCUAAGCUCAAAAUUUCCACACCUAAUGAACACAUUUCUAACGAAAUACUGCAUUUUGAAACGAUAUAAGGAACUUCAUAAGUCAGCCAUCGUAUCUUAAUAUAAAUAAUUAUUAUCUAUUAGCUUUUUCUACUACUUUCCUCAUACUAGAUCUAAAUGAAUUGAAACCAGCGAACAUGAGAAUUGUGUACCAUGAAAUGAAUAAA